AGUGUGGGGGAGCAACACGAGGACAGGGCACGGAGAGGAGCUGGUGGGACAGCAGUGGGCACCUCCUGGUGAUCUGGGCACUUUCUCCUUCGUGUUCCUGACCUGGGAGGAGCCGCUUUAGGAUGUGGAUCCCAAAGGAGCAAGGGGUGCCAGGAAGCGCCGCUGAUGGGGACAGAGCCCCUGUGCCUGCUGCUGCCCCACACUGAACAGGGAGCUGCUGAGGAGCCGCUUGGUCCAUCCCUGGAUUCUCCAAGCACUGACUGCCCAUCCACUCUGACCACAGCCGGGGCCACAUCCCAGCGCCUGCCCAGCGUCCAUCCAUGGAGGUGAGCUCCGUGUCCCCACCUUCUGCCUCACCCACCGAAGGAGCCGAUCUGUGUGAGAUAGAUGUCACCAACGUUGCCAUACACAGUGUGACACUGCUCAUCUGCCUCUGUGGGCUGGCUGGGAAUGGGGCUGUGCUCCGGCUCCUCACACUGCAAGGCCGCAUUGUCCGCAUCUUUGACCUGGCUGCUGUUGACUUCAUCUUCCUCCUCCUCGCGGCCCCCUCCACCCUGCUCUCCCUGCUGGAGGAUGUGUCCUGCUCUCCUAUCAUGCCCCUGGUGUACGUGAGCUUCCUUUUCCAGCUGUCCAUGAUGUCCUGCUACUGGGGGCUGUUCCGGCUGGCGCGCCUCGAUGUGGUUAGUGACAUGAGAAAGCUCCUCCAGCUCUGCCGGUGCCACCCUCCCCUGUGCCUGCUGUGGGUGGUGUACAGUGUCCAAUACUGGACCUUCUUCGCUCUCUUCACUGUCUUUCCCACGGUGACAUUCCUGUGCCCAUUACACGAAGAGGAGCACUGCCGGGUGGCUCUCACCUCUGUGUUUGCCGCCAUCCUGCUCCUCAUUGCUGCACCCGUGUUCAUUUCCAGCACAACUGGCAUCGUUAAAGCCAAGUGCAGCUCCAGGCAGCAGCAACCCAAGAGGCGUGACAUCGUUAUCUUCCUCAUUGUGCUCUUCGCUCUCCCCAUCAGUGUCUGGAAUGUCCUGCAGCAGCUCGGUUACACUGUUGUGUCCUCCCAGGUUGUUUUCCUGCUCGCCUGCAUCAACAGCACCAUCAAACCCUUCAUCUACUUCUCAGUGGGGAGUUCCUGGAGGCACUGCUCUGUGGGGAGGUGCUGGACGCUCUGUACCGUGGGGUCCCUCAGGGAAUCCCUCCAGAAGGUCUUUGAGGAACCAGAAGAAAAUACUCCCAGCAGCAAUGAUCCUGCCAUGGACACGGUGAUCUGAGCCUGUUGAUCCCUUCCCCUGAACUGCUGAAGGACCCCGGGACAGUGGCUGAGGGAUUCCUUGAGCCACCUGAUCAAUAAAUAUCCACGGGAUCACC